UGGUCCUCUGAUCCAUUCCAGGAUGCCUCUGGUGAAGAGGAACAUCGACCCCAGGCACCUGUGCCACACAGCUCUACCCCGGGGGAUCAAGAAUGAACUGGAAUGUGUCACCAACAUCUCCUUGGCAAAUAUCAUCAGACAGCUGAGUAGCCUAAGUAAAUAUGCUGAAGAUAUCUUUGGUGAGCUGUUCAAUGAAGCACACAGCUUCUCCUUCCGAGUCAACUCCCUCCAGGAGCGCGUAGAUCGGCUGUCGGUCAGCGUCACGCAGCUGGAUCCCAAGGAAGAGGAAUUGUCCCUGCAGGACAUCACCAUGAGGAAGGCUUUCCGGAGCUCCACCGUUCAGGACCAGCAGCUGUUCGACCGCAAAACGCUGCCCAUUCCUCUGCAGGAGACUUAUGACAUUUGUGAGCAGCCUCCUCCCCUCAACAUCCUCACCCCUUACAGGGAUGAUGGAAAAGAGGGCUUGAAGUUUUAUACCAAUCCUUCAUACUUCUUUGAUCUGUGGAAGGAAAAGAUGUUGCAGGACACAGAGGACAAAAGAAAAGAAAAGAGGAAGCAGAAGCAGAAAAAUCUGGAUCGCCCUCAUGAACCAGAAAAAGUGCCCCGGGCACCUCACGACAGACGGAGAGAGUGGCAGAAGUUAGCCCAGGGCCCAGAGCUGGCAGAAGACGAUGCCAACCUCCUACAUAAGCACAUUGAAGUUGCUAAUGGCCCAGCUUCACAUUUUGAAUCCAGAUCUCAGGCAUACGUGGACCAUCUGGAUGGAUCCUACUCCCUUUCUGCAUUGCCCUACAGCCAGAUGUCUGAGCUGCUGAACAGGGCUGAGGAGCGAGUGCUGGUCAGGCCACAUGAACCACCUCCACCACCACCUCCAAUGCACGCAGCAGAUGUGAAACCUGGGCCUCCUUGUGUUAGUUCUACGACCGGCUUGGUAGAAACCCGUCCUCAGUCACCAGCAACGGGCAGAACCCCAGUGUUUGUGAGCCCCACUCCUCCUCCUCCACCACCACCACCUCUUCCAUCUGCUUUGUCAACUUCCUCUCUAAGAGCUGCGAUGACUUCCACUCCUCCACCCCCAGUCCCACCACCUCCACCUCCUCCCACAGCUGCUCUGCAGGCCCCGGCUGUGCCACCUCCUCCAGCUCCUCUCCAGAUAGCUCCUGGAGUCCUACACCCAGCUCCACCUCCGAUUGCUCCUCCCCUAGCACAGCCCUCUCCCCCUGUCACUAGAGCUGCCCAGGUGUGUGAAGCUGUACCUGUUCACCCAGUUCCUCCACAGCCUGAAGCACAGGGACUUCCUCCACCACCCCCACCUCCUCCCCUGCCGCCUCCCGGCAUCCGACCCUCCUCUCCUGUCACAGUUGCAGCCCUUUCUCACCCACCUCCUGUUCUUCACCCUCCUCCCACAACCGUUGUCCCCAGCCCUCAUGCCCCUCUGAUGCCUCCAUCCCCCCCAUCCCAAGUGGCUCCAGCUCCAGAACCCAAGCGCCAUCCUUCCACUCUGCCCGUCAUCAGCGAUGCUCGGAGCGUCCUGCUGGAAGCCAUCCGGAAAGGCAUCCAGCUGCGCAAGGUGGAGGAGCAGCGCGAGCAGGAGGCCAAGCACGAGCGCAUCGAGAACGACGUGGCCACCAUCCUGUCCCGCCGCAUCGCCGUGGAGUACAGCGACUCCGAGGACGACUCCGAGUUCGACGGGGUGGAUUGGCUGGAGAGGCACAUAAAAGUCACCUACCUGCUCCAGCCCUUCAGUACGAAUUGGAAGGACAGGGAUAAACUGGAACACAACCAGGAGGCAAAGGUAGCAAGACUAUAA